AUGUGCCUUAUACUAGAUAAAACUCAUAGGCUACCAACGGCUGAUACUUAUGAUGAUGUAGUUUGUUCUGAAAUUCCUAACAAAAUAACUGAGCCUAAGCUGUUUCAAAUUAUUAGCAAUUUUAAUACACAUGGGCCAUGUGGUAUAACAUUUCCUAAUAGUCCCUGCAUGAUUGAUGGAAAAUGCUCAAAAAAUAUCCUAAAUCAUUUGUGGAUACCUCUUCUAUCGAUAAAAAUUUGUUCAUCUGUCCAGUCCAUAAAAUACCUUUAUAAGUAUUGUUACAAAGGCCAUGACAGAACUACUGCUUCCGUUUCCAUUAAUAAUGUUGAUGAAACUUCCCAGUUCAUUGAUGCUCGAUAUAUAUCCGCCAUAGAAUCGCUAUGGCGUACUUUGGAUUUUGAAAUGCAGGAUCAUUCUCCUGCAGUCUAUCGUUUAGACCUUCAUCUACCCAAUCAACAUAUAAUCCUUUUUCAAUCAAAUAUUGAUAUAAAUAAUAUCUUAACUAAAAAUCCUGGUACAAAAUUAACCGAAUGGUUUAAAAUUAAUCAACUUGACACAGAUGCCAGACAUUAUAUUUAUGCAGAUUUUGUAAGAUAUUAUGUGUGGAAACCUCUAUCUAAACAGUGGUUAAAACGAAAAAGGGGUGGUAAUAAAGUUAUAGGCCGUAUACGCACAGUUUCUCCUAAAGAGGGUGAGGUUUUUUAUUUAAGACUAUUACUUAAUUAUGUUACUGGGCCUACAUGCUUUGAAGAUCUACGCUCUUUUAAUGGAAUUAUCAGUAACACUUUUAAAGAUGCAUGUAUUCGACGUGGUCUGCUAUCAGAUGAUGCGGAAUGGAACCAUUGUUUAGAGGAAGGUCUUUCAUUUAAGAUGCCAUAUCAAUUGCGCCAGUUAUUUUCUGUUAUUUUAUUACAUUGUGAGCCGAGAGAUCCUCUAGGUCUUUGGAAUUCUUUUAAAUUUUAUCUUUGUGAAGAUUUUUCCAAGAAAAUAUCACCAGAGCCGGAUAACCUUAUCACCGAAAAUCUCGCGCUAUGCCACAUCAAUCAAAUUUUGAUUCAAAAUGGUAAAUCUCUUAAGGAUUUUUUGGGAAUGCCUAUCCCUUUAUUAUCCACCCAAUCUCCAUCUGCUACAGCUAAUAUUAGGUGUCACCUUAUUCGGGAGGAAAUUUCCUACGAUACUGAUGAUAUGUAUAAAAAAUAUUUGGCUAACUACAAUUUAUUUAAUCGGGAUCAAAAUAUUAUCUAUGCCAAAAUUAUGUCCUUGCCCUCCACUCCAUCCCAUAAUUUAUUUUUUAUAGAUGGUCCUGGUGGUACUGGAAAAUCAUUUCUAUUAAAUACAAUAUUAUUUAACUUGAGAGCUCAAGGUAAAAUUGCUAUAGCUGUUGCAUCUUCUGGCAUAGCUUCAACUCUUCUUCAUAAUGGCCGUACUGCACAUUCACGUUUCAACAUCCCCUUAAGUAUUCAUGAAAGUUCCUCAUGUAAUAUUCCUUACCAAAGCCAAAUAGCUGAAUUGAUAAGACAAUCGGUAAUUAUAAUAUGGGACGAAAUAUCAAUGACUCAUAAACAUAUAUUCGAGGCCGUGGAUAGGUCAUUUCAGGAUAUAAUGAAAUUAGACAAACCGUUUGGUGGUAAAAUUAUUAUUUUUGGCGGAGAUUUUAGACAGAUUUUACCUGUUAUUAAAUGUGGUGGAAGAUGCGACAUUUGCCAUUAA